AUGAAGCUCAACACUCUGAUUCCAUUGGUGGCUAGUCUGGUGGCCCCGGCCCUGGCCUUUUCCAACUCGUCUCCCCACGUGAUUCUGUCAUCGGUGGCAUCGCUCGAUUCGUCUCUCUCCAACUCCGUGCAGCAGGCCUCGUCUGCUCGAGAUUUCGACGAUUUGGUCAAUCAUGCGAUUGUGGGUUGUCCUGCCGACACAUAUGUCUUUGUGUCACAGCCCGGACUGCACGCAUCCGACCUUGAGGACGCCGCGCUGACCCCCUUCCUGCAUCGAGUUGUGGGCAACGCCAAGUCGUCGUUUGUGUCUAACCACGUGUUCAGCGACACAGAGCGACAGCUUCCUCAGGGCGCCCUCAUGCACCUCGAGGAGACUUGCGGAGCUGCUAAUGUGAUUGUGGACGGCCGCACUGGCAAGUUUGCGACCUACGUCGACACAAAGCCCCGAAUUAUGCAGGUUCAGCUGGACGAGCUGACCAACGAGACCGGAGAGGAGCGAGAGGCCGUUCUCAAGGCCCACGACAACGUGCUCAAGGCCGUUCUCGGCCGUCUGCCUUCGCCAAACUACAUGCUAAUUUACGUGUCUUCUCCUGGACAUAACCAGAUCGAGGAAGAGGAGGAAUACCAGUUCACCCAGCAGCACACCCGGGAGGAGUCCGACGAGAAGGUUAAGGACAACUUGUUCCAGAAGUACCAGUUCUUCUCGCCCGGUAUUUUCAUGGCCAUCAUUGUUUCGCUGCUGCUGGUCUCCGUCAUGCUCUUUGCUCUCAACUGGAUCGGUUCUCUGCAGAUUUCCUACGGAGCCUUUGAGAAGGAUCCUGAGCUGGUUCGACAGAAGAAGCAGAAUUAG